GCCGCGGUGCGUUCGGAUAUUCCAGCAGCAGCAGCCGCAGCAGCAGCAGCAGGAGCGGCGGCGUCCUCCUCCCCCCGCACCGACUCCCCGCGCUCCUCCCGCCGGCUCUAUGUCGAGUGAUGGUCGGCUCGCCCCGCUGGAUGCUCCGCGCUCUCUCCGGAUCGUCGACGACCGAACCUCCUCCGACCGCAGACCCCCAUUUUCGGCGGAAAGCUUCCCAGAGCGAUAGAGCUCCAUAUGGAAACUGGGGAUCAGAAUUUUAGGAAGAAGGAAAAUCGACGCCGUUCAUUUAUUUUCAUUUUUUUCUCAUUUUUUUAAUCGGUUGCUAUCGUUUUUUUUGUGUGUAUGUGCGCUUUUACAGCCUGCUAAUUAAUCAAUUCAUGUGUUGAGCCUUUGCUUUCGUGCUUUUAAACAAACGGCAGGUCGAGAAUUUGUCUUUUUUUCCCUCUCGACGGGACUCGAAAGCGUCCGUUUCUUUAUUCUCUUUUGUUUUGCACUGAUAUGUUAGAUUUCCCUGCUGUCCUUCGUUUCCUUCCCGACUUUAUUAUCUUCUUCCCCUUUUGACUCACACGUUAGAAUAAAACUAUUUUUAACAUAAUAAUCCGCAGCUGCAGUCUUAGUUAUAAUUCUUAAUUCUAACUGUUACAGCCUCAGACUAAAGUAACUGUAACUCACUGUAACAGACAUAUUGAACUGUUGUACUGUACGCCUGCCAUUACCCUAACACCCCCCCCCCCAACCAUCUCUGUGCUCAUGCUAAUUCUGCCCUGUGCUCAGCUGUAACCUUUAGAGUCAGGAAACAGGCCUUUUCUGCUCUUCCUUCGCAGGCCCGUCGAGAAUAAACCCCAGUUUGGUUAAUCUCACUUCCAUUUUUAGGCCUCGCUGUGCCUCUGUAGGCUUCAGGACGUAAUUAGCCCCUUGUUAUCCACCCGUCUGCAGCUGGCGGCCCGUUGAAGUGCUAUCGUCUUCUGCGUACCUGAUUCCUCAUUUCUUUUUCGGGGGGCGAAUAAGAGUCAGAAGGAACAGAGAGGGGAGACGCGCUCGCCUCUUCCUCUCUCCUCCGUCCUCAGAUUUUCUCUUGUCGUGGUCCUCACCCAAACGCAACCAUAAGGUUCCUACCGCAUCCUCCUGGUCCGCCCUCCCUCGCCUUCGGCUCGAGUAUAUCCCGUUUUUUCGGUUUGGUUUGGUCCCGCAAAUUUUCAAAUAUUUACUUCCUGUACAUCAAGAGGAAAGGGGGUCCCCCUUUCAUGGAAUGCGGAAACAUGGGUCUGUUCGACCGCGGAGUCCAGAUGCUGCUGACCACGGUGGGAGCCUUCGCGGCCUUCAGCCUCAUGACCAUCGCGGUCGGCACGGACUACUGGCUGUACUCGCGCGGCGUCUGCCGGAGCAAGUCCAUGAGCGAGAACGAGACCAGCAAGAAGAACGAGGAGGUGAUGACCCACUCGGGCCUCUGGAGGACGUGCUGCUUAGAAGGAAACUUCAAAGGGAUGUGUAAACAGAUAGACCACUUUCCUGAGGAAACGGACUACCAGGCGGACCCAUCCGAGUACUUCCUACGUGCGGUGCGAGCCUCCAGCAUCUUCCCCAUCCUCAGCGUCAUCCUGCUCUUCAUGGGCGGCCUGUGCAUCGCUGCCAGCGAGUUCUACAAGUCGCGCCACAACAUCAUCCUCAGCGCCGGGAUCUUCUUCGUGUCGGCAGGCCUGAGCAACAUCAUCGGGAUCAUCGUGUACAUAUCAGCCAACUCGGGGGACCCUUCGAAGAGCGACUCCAAGAAGAACAGCUACUCCUACGGCUGGUCCUUCUACUUCGGGGCCCUGUCCUUCAUCAUGGCUGAGAUGGUGGGCGUCUUGGCCGUGCACAUGUUCAUCGACCGGCAUCGGCAGCUCCGGAUAGGGGCGCGCGCCGCCGACUACCUCCAGGGCUCCGCCAUAACGCGAAUCCCCAGCUACCGCUACCGCUACAGGCGCCGCUCGCGCUCCUCCUCCCGCUCCACGGACCCGUCCCACUCGCGCGACACCUCGCCGGUGGGCCUCAAGGGCUUCAGCGCGCUGCCGUCCACGGAGAUCUCCAUGUACACGCUGCCCCGGGACACCCUCAAGUCCUCCGGCACGCCCACGGCCACCUACAACUCGGAGAGGGACCACAACUUCCUGCAGGUCCACAACUGCAUCCAGAAGGACCAGAAAGACUCGAGCCAGACCAACACAGCCAACCGCCGCACCACGCCGGUAUGAGGGAGGCCACGCGGGGCCGGGAGACACGCGGGGGGGGGGACGGACGGACGGACGGACUUCCAUGUUUAUAGACAUUUGUUGUUUUUGUUCGGCUGCAUGACUUUUCCAUUGCCGUUGUUGAGGGCGGGUCGACGGGUCGACGGCGUGAGGGUUCGUUUGUGGGGUUUCGGGCACUUGAGGAGAGAAUAGGGGGGGGCGUAGGAGGGGGAGGGGCAUUUAUGAGGUAAAAAUUUUGGUUUUGACAGGUUUUGCCCCACAGGUUCAAGUUAAAGCCCAGAUAUACACCUCGUUCAUUUAUUGACUCCUUUGUUCAUUUUUUGCAUUAAAACUGUGAAUUGUUACAGUUUGGGAUUCCGUAAGAAUUUGCCCAAUCUGUAAUCUCUAUCAAAGGUACUAUAAAUAUAUAUAUAUAUACACAUAUAUAUAUAUAUAUAUAUAUAUAUAUAUAAAUGUAUUACUUUUAUAAAUACAUUAUUACGUUAAUAAUCAAGAUUUACAGACUUUAACGAAGCAAAAAGAGAAAAAAAAGGAACAAGUUAACCAAACAAAGUGCUGUUGUCGAGAUGAGAAAAGACUCUUUGGGUUCCGGCGGGUUUGAAGGUUGCGAUCAGGAGGCGGAGCUUCAGGUAGCAGCAGUAGAAUAAUAUCUAUUCUUUUGAUAGAACCUUCUCGCCUUUUUCUCGGCCCCUGUUCGCUUUCUUUUUUUUGGGGGGGUCGAACCCCUCGACAGAAAGAGCCACCCACAAAAGGGGUCGAAGGUCACAGACUCCAAACACGACAAUAAAAAAAGGAAGGAGCAGAGGGGAAGGAAAAGAAGAGGACGCCAAACACAAGUUAAAUAUAAAAUAGUUCAAGACAAGCUAGGUGACUCACAAUUUCAGAAAUUUAAUGCAUGCUAUAAAAUUACAGCAAAUCUGCUCUUGAGAAACUUAAGUUUUAAAGGUAAAUAAUUAUAAGGGGAAAAAAGCAAAGACGCUAAAGUUUAAAGUAUUAAUGUUUUUAUGUGUAUUCUUGUUUUCUUUUGAAUUUAUUUAGUUCAAUUAUCUUAUUGAUUUUGUGAGACAAACCAGACAAACAACAUUGAACAAAACUGCUUUUUUAAAUGGUUUGGUUGAUUUCUUUAUAAAUAUAUGUAUGUAUGUAUUUUAUUUUGAAAACUCACACAGCCUUAGUCAUUUCUUUGUUUGUUUUGAUUUUUAACGUGUUGUUCAAAUUGAAAAUGAAAUCUUUAAAGGUGCCAAAACCGAAUGAUCCUAAACUUGGAUGCAUCAAGUCCUGAUGAAUAAAAUACGAACCCUGGGGGGAACAAAG